AUGGAGACAGUUAAGAACGCAGUCAAGAGUGCUACUGGCAGUGAUGGACAAUUUGAACAAGGCCACAAGGUCCCAAUCACACAUCAAGAUCCCCCAGGCCAUCAACAUGAACUACCUAUCAAGCCUUCGGACACAGAGCUUCCCACAGCGGAUGGAGGCUAUCAGCAAUACAAACCUGCCGGCAAACUUCAAGGCAAGAAGGCCUUGAUCACCGGAGGAGAUUCUGGUAUCGGUCGAGCAACUGCUAUCCUGUUCGCUAUGGAGGGAGCCGAUAGCAUGAUUGUCUAUCUACCUGAAGAAGAGAAGGAUGCACAGAGCACCAAGCAAGAGAUUGAGAAGUAUGGUGCACAGUGUUACCUCUUCCCAGCGGAUGUCACCAAGCGAGAGAAUUGUGAAGCCGUGGUCAAGUCUGCGCUCGAGAAGAUGGGCAAGGUCAACAUCCUUUUCAACAAUGCAGCAUACCAAAUGGUACAAAAGGACAUUACCGACCUGCCGUAUGAACAGUGGCACAAAACAUUCGACACCAACAUCCACCCAUUCUUCUACUUCUCCAAGAUGUUGAUCCCACAGAUGAGCAGAGGAGAUGUUAUUAUCAACAAUGCUUCUAUCAAUGCAUACAUCGGACGACCAGAUCUCCUUGACUACACAACUACAAAGGGCGCAAUCGUGUCGUUCACCAGAGGUUUGGCAAAUCAACAAGUAUCGAAGGGCAUCCGAGUGAACGCCAUCGCUCCUGGCCCGGUCUGGACUCCCUUGAUCCCAGCGACCAUGGACAAAGACGCGCAAGAUUCGUUCACAUCACCUAUGGGUCGACCCAGUCAACCGAGCGAGCAGGCAACCUGCGUUGUCUUCUUGGCCAGUGCUGAUAGUAGCCAGCUUACUGGACAAGUCAUACAUUCCAACGGUGGUGGUUUCACGACAUCAUAA